CUAUAAGAGGAGACAGCAUGGAGACACAGAGACACAUCACUCCCAGGACUCCUGAUCUGAUUAACACACUGACAGUUUUGCCUCCAGGUAAACAUGGUGAUGAAGAUGCUGCUCGGCUGCUCCGUCUCUCUGCUCCUGCUGCUCGUCUGUCUGACUGAACCUGUGGAGAGUCGAACUCUGCAUCUGGACAGCUGCUCUGUCAAUGUUCACAUGCAUGAGCUGCGCAAAUAUUACUCUGACAUACGAUCAAAUGCGAUAUCAGAAGACAGUGAGAUCGGAGUGAAACUUCUGGAUAAAUCCUUAAUGACAACUGUUCAGGAGGGUCAGAGGUGCUGCUUCUUACGUCUGCUGCUGCGUUUCUACGUGGAGAGAGUGUUCAGCAACUACGCCUCCUCUCAGCCUCAGCAGCAGCGCUGCUCCAGCGCUCUGGCCAACGCUUUUGUCAGCAUCAGAAGAGAUAUCCAUAAAUGUCACUGCCUCUGUGAGGAAGAUACCCAGAGAAAAAUAGACUCCGUGCAUGCUGAGUUUGACAAGCUCCAGGUCGGCCAGGCAGCCCAGAAGGCGGUGGGGGAGCUGGACACUGUGCUAGAGUGGCUGGAGGGACAGAGAACACAAACAUAAUCUGAAUUCAUACACUGAUAUUGGCAAAUCUGUCAAUUUCAUUUUUUUUUUUUUGUGCCAUUUUGCAUUUCUCUAUUUGUACUUGAAUUAACUUAUCAUGUCUUUUUUUUUCAUCCACUAACACGUGGACUGAUAUUUUUAUUAGAAUAUUUAUGCUUACUACAACAUGUAUAUUUAUCAGAAAAUGAAAGCUUUUAUGGUAUUAUAUGUGUGUGUCAACUGUAAGGAAAUUAUGCAGCUUAACAAAUGACUACAUAUUAUUUUUAUAAUGUCAACAUUGCUUUGAUUUCAACAUUAAUAAAAACACUACUCUGACAUAGUG